UUUCACGACAAAUAUCGUGUGUAGCUUUUUAAUAAUAACAUCAUCAAAUGUAUCGGUUUAAAGUGACCAAACGCUUUCCGAUGCAUCACAUGGCAGGAAAUAAACAACUCAUUUUAUAGGCGUUCAUUUAGAAAAAUGGCUGACCUGUUGCCCUUUAGGCUGAUGACGUCAUCAUCACGGACGAAAUUCUCGGAAUUGCACAUAACGGCCUUGAAAACGUACGCCGUUAUAAAGCAAGACGAUCCAGUUUUGCUGCACUUCUCGCCUGCCAGUCGUCGCGUCAAAAUGGGUGGCUCUGCACUGUGCAAAACGUUGGCUGUCAUUUGUUUGUUGGCCAAUUUAUUGGAGCCCAUCGAGUCGUUGCCACUGCCCACCACCACCACGGAACCUCCGUCCAUUUCACCUGAUUCGAUGGCGGACGCAUCCGAUGACGUCGCGACGACGGAAUCUAACGACUCUUCCGGCCAACCGGCCCCUCCUUCGAUUGCUUCGCACGUGUACGCCAUUCUGACCAUUUUCCAUAAUCCAACAUCUCCACCGGAUUCGGUGAGGACGACCACCGAUGAUCCGAACGCCAUCUCCUCACCUGUGGUGUCUUCGUCAACAGCAAGUCUUUCGGAGGAUAACUGCUCGUCUGAGGCUGUUGAUUUGGGACCGUGCCGCAAGAGGACGGCUUCGUUUGACGGCCUGGCCGGUGCCGUGUUUUCUUAUUUAAACGAUCACGUUCGCAGGAGUUUGAUGGAAGCGACGAGUCCUUCCCGAUCGUCGGACGCGUGGCGCUUUACGAAUGUGGAACAAGUUGGACAUGCCGUUGAGGAGGCCUCAUCCGAUUCGCUGGGCUCAGGUGAUGCCCCGACGGACGUUGAUGACGUGGCUGGCCAGCACGAUUCCAGUAAACCACAAACCAGUACCCUACCGACAACCAACAUUUAAAGGAGAUGUAACGUGAGGGUGGCUCUCUUAAUUUUUGAAUAUUGUCGUGUUAUUUUCGAUUGUUUGGAGAGAUGUUAUUUUUCUUUCUUUAGAUUGCCGCUCUGCUUCCACACACGCAUUUUAUGAAAUACAUUGCCGAUUUUUCUCAAUUAA